AUGGCUCUAGACUCAUCAUACAAGGCGACUCUGCUCCCACUCCUGCUGAAGGCCUCAGCGCUCUCCUUCGGCACAUACACACUCAAGUCAGGUCGGAUCUCACCCUAUUUCUUCACGUCUUCACUGCUACACACCACAUCUCUUCUUGGCGCUCUGGCCAAAGCAUAUGCAUCUGUUCUGACCUCACCUCCAUACUCCCUGCCCUUGGGCACGGAGGAAGCAGGCUCAGAAGCAGACGGGUCGUUCUCUCCACACUUCGACAUCCUCUUCGGUCCGGCGUACAAGGGGAUCCCGUUGAGUGCCGUCGUUGUCAGGGAGCUAGAGUUCAGCGGCGCGCAAUUCGCAGGUGUUUCGUACUCUUUCAACCGCAAGGAAGCAAAGGAUCAUGGUGAGGGCGGGACCAUUGUCGGCGCACCGCUGAAGGGUAAGCGCGUGGUGGUGAUCGACGAUGUCAUGACGGCCGGCACAGCGCUGCGCGAGGCGGUCGACAUCAUCAAGGCCCAGGGCGGCAUUGUCGUGGGUGUUGUCCUGCUGCUGACGAGGCAAGAGCGUGUCAGUGAUGCCGAGCCUCGAAGCGCGAUGAAGGUCGCAGAGGACGAAUUGGGUAUUCCCGUGAGAGCGGUGCUCAAGUUUGAAGAUUUGAUUGAAGCCAUCGAAGCCGGUCAGAUUGAAGGUGCUGGCGCCAAUGAGCUCGAGCAGAUGAAAGUCUACCGGCAGAAGUAUGGAAGUCAGGACUGA